GUUGGUCCUUAAUUGAUGAGAAGCUUAGUAACAACCAGCCUUUGAUCUCUGGGGAAACAGUUUGAUAUCAUCCAGGCAGCCUUCUAUAUCAUCAAAGUUCUAUCUACUCUUCUACAAAAUCGCUUAGUCGUUAAGAUCAAAAUUUCUCAGCGUCUCACAGAAAUAGACUUUGGAUUACUCAACAUGAAGUUUCAACCGUUGCUUGUCUUGUACGCUGCUGUUGCAUCAUGUGAUGCCAAAGUCUUCGAUAGACAAGCACUGUCAUACGCUCCGAUCCCAGAGGGGAUUUACCAGCCUCCCGCCAAGUCUGGAGAAACUACAUUGCUUGACUUUAUCAAGUCCCGGGAUGAUUUGUCCGAACUUUCGAAACUUGUUGAAGAGACACCAGGUUUCGCCCAAGCGUUCAGUACAAGCGCGGACUGGCAAUACACAUUCAUCGCGCCUUCAAAUGAAGCGUUCAAUAAUACAGGUGAAUACUAUAAGACUUUUGCCAGCACACCCAAGGGACGUUGGUGGUCUGGACAAAUGCUUCAACAUCACUACAUUCCCAACUCGCGCCUAUACACGAGCAAUUUCACCGAGGAGAAAACUCGAAUUCAAUUAGGGUCAUACCUCUGGGCAUCAGCUGAGAUCAAAGGCGGAGAUCUUGUGCUCAACAACGUGGCGACCAUCGUCGAAGCCAACAUCCCUGUAACUAAUGGCCUUGUGCAUAUUAGUGAUCGCAUUCUCGCCGGCGAUGCGAUGAUCUACGAGGCUGAUAUUGAAACAACCAAGCAAGGUUUUAUCCCUGGUUCUUGCUCUAAUCCAGCUUUACCUUAUUGCUGA